AUGGAACACGCGCGACCUCCCGUAGAAUUAGUGCUCGAAGGCGGCCCCGCUGCUCGAGCAGACUCAUGGCGCAAGUGGCGGAAACAAUUUGAGGUGUUUCUUAAAGCCUCCGGAGUGGCUAACGAGGAAAGUUCAGUGCAGGCUAGUUUGCUGGUCAACCUCAUUGGGUCGGCGGGUUACGAAAUCUAUUCGACCUUCACGUACCUCAAGGACGAAACUGAAGACGAUAUUAAGUGUUUGUUGAAAAAGUUUGAUAGGUAUUUUGGGACAAAACCUAAUGUCACGUUAUCGCGGUUUAAGUUUUUUACACGAGGCCAAGAGGAAGGCGAAAAUAUAGAUCAAUAUGUUACUGCAUUAAAAUUGCUAAGUCAAUCUUGUGAGUUUGGCAAUCUAAAUGAAAGCUUAAUACGGGACAGAAUUGUCUGCGGUAUCAUAAGUAACAUUGUACGUGAUCGGCUACUUCGUACGGAUGAUUUAACAUUAGAAAAGGCGGUCCAGAUAUGUCAAGUGGCAGAAAUUUCGAAGGAGGAAAGUUCAUACAUCGAGAAUAGUCCUGGCGGUAGUGAAAUGCGAGUUGAUGCUGUAAGGGAUGCAAGCGGUCGCAGCUACGGCGGUGUACGACGCAGCCGUGGAGGGUCGCGCGGAGCGAGGCGCGGCGGUCGUGGUCGCGGACCGGUGUUCGGUGCCGGGUCGGCGGCUUCGCGAACACGCUGCUUGUCAUGUGGCAAUGGUUGGUGCUCCACCGACGACCGGUGUCCGGCGCGGGAUGCAUUGUGUUAUGUGUGUGAUAAAAAAGGGCAUUUCGCUAAAGUGUGUGUGCAUAAAUAUACAUUACGCGAUAAGGUUUUAAACUUGAAUGUGUGUGAGCCCGAAAACAUGUCAGAUGCCGAAAUGUUCUAUGUGGACAUGAUAUUAAGCCAGGAUAAAAAAUGUAAGUUACCUAAAGAAUGGAAUGUUAUUUUUCAAUGUAAUGGUAGACAAGUGCAAUUUAAACUAGAUACAGGUUCUAUGUUGAAUGUAAUUUCGAAAAAUGAUUAUUUAAACUUAGGCAUGUCGAUUCAUAACCUAAAAUAUUUUAACAAAUGUGUACAAUCUUUUACUGGUAAUAAUUUACCUAUUCUGGGCAUGUACGAAUUACCAUUUAUUUAUAAAAGUAAACAUUACAUUUUACCAUUUGUGGUAGCAGAUUUAAACUGUCAAAAUGUUCUGGGAUUGGAAGGCUGUGUCAUGUUAGGGCUCGUAUCCCGUGUUGACGGUAUAAAUAUACAUAAAUAUUCUGAUCUCUUCGAAGGACUGGGUAAGUUACCUGGACAGUAUUCUAUUGUCGUAGAUAAAAAUGUACAGCCAGUGAUUUGCCCUACUAGGAAAAUACCACUGGGGAUGAAAGACAAACUCUUAGCAGAGUUACGUAGGAUGGAAAAAUUAGGCGUUAUCAGGAAAGUUACUCAUCCUACGGAAUGGGUUAACGCUAUUGUGCUAGUAGCAAAAAAGAAUGGUGAUAUUCGUGUGUGUUUGGACCCGAGACCGCUUAACCGCGCGGUGCGGCGCGCGCAUUACUCGCUGCCCACGGUGAGCGAGCUGGCAGCGCGGCUGCGCGGUGCUACGUAUUUCAGCGUGCUGGAUGCGCGCUCUGGUUUUUGGAUGGUUCAAAUUGAUCCUGCCAGCGCAGAUCUUUGUACAUUUGGAACACCGUUUGGUCGUUACCAGUUUCUAAGGCUACCGUAUGGAGUAAAUUGUGCUCCAGAAGUAUUUCAUGCAAAGUUAAGACAAUAUCUGGAAGAUUUGGAGGGUGUUGACUCUUUUAUUGAUGAUGUAAUAGUAUGGGGGAAUACUAAAGAACAACAUGACUUCAGGCUAAAAUGUUUACUGAAUAGGGCUAGAGAAAUUGGUAUAAAAUUUAAUAAGGAGAAAUGUAAGUUUGGAGUUCGAGAAAUUGUUUAUUUGGGUCAUAAAUUCGAUAAGAAUGGGAUAAAACCAGACGAGUCUAAAGUUAAAGCUAUUAUGGGUAUGCCGUAUCCUACAGAUCGUAAAGCAUUGGAGAGAUUUAUGGGUAUGGUGAAUUAUCUUUCCAAAUUUAUUCAAAACUAUUCGGAUAGUGUGUCCGUGCUUCGAAGUUUAUUAAAAAAGAAUUCUGAAUGGCUGUGGGAGCCACAUCAUUCAGAUGCUAUAGACAGUCUUAAAAAUAAAAUUUCAUCUGCACCAGUGUUAGCACUUUACUCGACGGAGCUACCGGUGGUGGUGUCGGUAGACGCGAGUGCUAGAGCGCUGGGAGCGGUGCUGCUGCAGGCCGGCCGUCCAGUGGAGUUUGCUUCGUUAACGCUCACCGACACUCAGACCCGGUACGCACAAAUUGAAAAAGAGAUGCUGGCAAUAGUGUUUGCGGCAGAAAGGUUUAAACAGUACAUUUAUGGCAGGUCAGAUAUUACCGUACAAACUGAUCACAAGCCCUUGGAGGCAUUGUUCAAUAAAGCGUUGUCAUCUGUACCGAUACGACUACAACGCAUGAUGAUGAGGAUACAGGGAUACGAUUUCAAGGUGGUGUAUACUCCGGGCAAAUAUAUGUAUAUUGCCGAUACGUUAUCGAGGGCUCCUCUGCCGGAGUUUAUGCACGAUCGAGUGUCUGAGGAUGUUGAGACGCAAACAUGUUUUAUGAUAGAAUGUAUGCCGUUUAGUAGAGAAAAAAUAGAUAGAGUUCGAAAGGCGACAGAGGUUGAUGAGGAAUGUCAGUUAUUAAUUAAGUACAUAUUAAACGGCUGGCCAAAAAAUGAGCAUAAUGUUCAUAAAAACGUUAGAAAGUUUUGGUCAUAUUGUGGAGAACUCCAAUAUGUGAAUGGGUUAAUAUUAAAAAAUUAG